AAAUUAUUCAAGAAUAUUUAUUGAUAAUUUUGUGUUUUUUAACUCAAGCUAGUUUUUUAAGAUGACUGUUGAAAAGUGGAUGCAAUAAAGUUUAUAUUAUUUAAACCAAAAAAGGCUGAUGUGUACAAAUUAAGUUCAACAUUGACAUUACAAAUUUGGGUGAAUUUGUAGAUAAGGAUUUGUGAAUAAAUAAUCACUAGGAAAAUUUUAGAAAUAAUCAAUAUGAAUAACAUUGAAAUUGGAGAAACUUACCAGAACGGUCAUUUUCGUUGGAAUUGGAGCGAAUUCUGUCCAACAGGUUUGACGCCCUGGCAAAACACAACGAAUGACCUUUUACCAUGUUUUCAAGAAAUAGUUCUUCAAUUGCCAAUUUAUGCUUGUUUUGCGAUAGUAUCAUCUUUUUAUUGUGGAGCAUAUGCCGCAACAGUUGCAAGAAAUAUAACACAGUUAAAAUUAAUAUAUAGUAGAAUAAUUAUUUCAACAAUACUGGCAAUUAUUCCAAUUGCUAAGUCACUUUAUUAUGUAGUUAAUCAAAUUCAUUUAAAUCCUGCAGAGGUUUUGUUAACUUGUACUGAAACAAUCAUGUGGGCGGUUCAUAUAGGAUAUUUAUUUAUUUUAAGGAAACAUGGUGGGAUCAGUCAUAGGGGUCCUUUAAUCAUAAAUGUGUUUUGGACUGCUAUUUUUGUACUGCAUAUUAUAUGGUUAAGAACAAGUUUCAGUUAUAAUUUUUGGAACUGGAGUUUGACUGUUUUUAUUUUGGACUUAUGUUAUUUAGCAACAUUUCUGAUUAGUGGCUCUGCGGUUCAAGUGAGAUCAGUUUUAACUCAACAUGAAGAAGAGCAGAGUCUAUUAAGCAAUCGUUAUGUGCAUUUUGGCACGAAUUUACAUGAAGCAAGUUUAGGUCAUGCUCAAGAUGAAGCUAAUUUAGCAUCAAAAUUUUUGUUCUAUUGGGUUGAACCAUUAAUCACCAAAGGCUCAAUUGGAAAUUUAAAAAAAGUAGAUGACUUGUUCGAUCUUCCAGACUGCUUGAAUAUUAAUCGUAAUUCAGAGCGAUUGCAAACUGCUGUGUUUCAAUCAAACUCGUUCUUUUGGGCGCUUCAUAAAGCUUUCGGGCGAGAGUUCUAUUUGAUUGGUUUACUUCGUUUUAUAGCUGACACCGCAGGUUUCGCUGGUCCAUUACUUUUAGGUGGACUUUUGACUGAACAUACAAAAAAAGAAUCGAUUGAUAUGUCUUACUUAUAUGCUUUAGGUCUAUUGUUGUUUACAUCAAUUGGCGCCACUUGCAGUGUCCAUUUUAAUUGGAGGAUAUCAAUUUUAGGAAUGAAAAUGAGAACUGGUGUUGUUACAACCAUAUAUAGUAAGGCUAUUGAAGCAAGGGGUUUAGAAAACGCAACUCCUGAAAUUUUGAAUUUAAUGUCCACAGACACUGACAGAAUAGUAAAUUCUUGUAUUAGUUUUCAUUCAUUUUGGAGCAUACCGUUUCAACUUCUAACAACAUUAUAUUUGCUUUACACUCAAGUUGGAGCGGCAUUCAUUGCGGGAGUUUUAUUCGCAGCAAGUUUGAUACCAAUAAAUCGUUUAUUAGCCAACAAAAUACAUAACUAUUCCAUCGGUCUAAUGAACGCAAAAGACAGUCGUUUAUCCAUUACUAGAGAAACUAUUCAAAGUGCCAAGCAUAUAAAAAUCAAUGCAUGGGAAGAUAUAUUUAUUAAGAAAAUAAAAGAUUGCCGUGAUGAAGAAAUGAAAUUUUUAUCCAAACGUAAAUAUUUAGAUGCGAUAUGUGUAUACUUCUGGGCAACAACACCAGUGUUGAUGUGUUUAUUAACAUUUGGGGUUUCUGUACUAAUAGGAAAUCCUUUAACGGCAGCAACUACUUACACAAGUGUGGCCCUGCUAAAUAUGCUAAUUGGCCCACUUAAUGCUUUCCCUUGGGUUUUGAAUGGUUUGGUAGAGGCUUGGGUUUCUAUAAAACGUAUUCAAGAAUUAUUAAAUCUUGAAAAUCUUGAUUUUUCUACGUAUUAUGACCCACUUUUUCAAAACAAAUUACAACCGGAUGAAAAGCUUCUAGUAUUGGAGAUAAAGGAUGGUACAUUUGAAUAUGAUUUGAGAGAAAAUCAAAAAACUGAUCAUUGCUUUAAAUUAGAAAGUAUAAAUUUGCAAGUAAAGCAGGGUGAGCUAGUUUGUAUAGAAGGAUCAGUGGGAAGUGGAAAAAGUACUCUAAUUUCUGCUAUUAUUGCUAAAAUGAAGUUUACUAACGGUAGUGUAGCAGUACAAGAUUUGUAUACUGGUUUUGGAUAUGUACCCCAACUACCCUGGCUUCAAAGAGGUACAAUUAGAGAAAACAUAAUAUGGGGAGCCGUUUAUGAUGAACAAAGAUAUAAAAAAGUUGUAUAUUCUUGCGCAUUGACCGAAGACCUUCUGUCGUUAGGAGGAGAUCAAGUAGGUAUUGGAGAGAAUGGCCAUACUCUCUCAGGAGGACAGCGCAUGAGAAUUUCUUUAGCAAGAGCCGUUUACCAGGAUAAAAGCAUAUAUUUGCUUGAUGACAUCCUUUCAUCAGUUGAUGCACAUGUUGCAAACCAUAUAAUAAAGUAUUGUAUAUUGGGAUUACUGAAACACAAAACUAGAAUUGUAAUAACAGAAAAUUCAACACUUUUUCUACAUGCAAACCAAAUUUUAAAAAUGGAUAAUGGUGAGUUAAGAAAAAGUGAUUUAAUGUCGGAUAGUUUUGAAAUGAGCGAAGAAGAUGAUUUAACAAGUACAUUAGAAGAAUUAGAUCGUAGUAGUCGACUUUCCAGUAUUGAUUUAGAUAAUCUUGAAUCGGACAAUAAAAGUGUUGACAGCAUAAUGCUAGAGGAAUCAAAAGAACAAGGUUAUAUAAAUACUAAUGUUUUAAUAAUAUAUUGGAAUGCUAUGAAAGGGUCGUUAGCUUUUAGUGUUAUCUUAUUUGUUGUUUUGAUGCAAAUAUCACGUAAUUUGUCAGAUAUAUGGUUAGCAAAGUGGGUCACGGAUUUUAACAAUGUGCCCGAAAAUUUUUCAUCAGACAAUUCGGCAGACAUGAUUCGGAAUGUUGAUAACGUGUUUAAAGAAAAUAUCCAAAACAAUAGUACAAUAAAUUCGCUAGGUUUUUAUUUAGGAAUUUACGCUUCAUUAGCUGUAACUAACUCUCUUAUCACUCUGAUUAGAGCCUUUGUUUUUGCUUUCGCUGGUCUAAGAGCAGCUAAGUUUAUUCAUAAUACGUUAUUGAAUCGUGUUUUAUACACCAAAUUCAAGUUCUUUGACAUUACUUCAGUUGGGAGAAUAUUAAACCGUUUCUCUUCAGAUACGUAUACGAUUGAUGAUUCACUACCAUUCAUAUUAAAUAUAUUUUUGGCUCAAGUUGUUGGACUAGCUGGUGCAAUUUUUAUUACAUUAUAUGCUAUGCCAUGGCUUGGAUUAGUAAUCAUUCCAAUGGUUCCAAUUUAUUACAGUUUGCAAUAUCGUUAUAGAUAUGCAUCCCGCGACAUAAAAAGACUUUCAAGUAAUGCUUUAUCACCAAUUUACACUCAUUUUACUGAAACUUUACAAGGUUUAAUGACAAUAAGAGCUAUGAGAGCUAGCACUCGUUUUCAGCGUGAUUUUCAUGUGAAAUUAGAAGAAAGUAUUAAAGCUCAACUGUCAUCUACAGCUGCCCAACAGUGGCUUGCUUUUCGAUUACAACUUUUGGGUUCAUUUCUUGUUGGUGGCGCUGGUUUGUUAGCCACCCUAACUUCGGCUCAUUAUGCCUAUCCCAGUCUUGUGGGAUUGGCAAUUUCGUAUUCACUUUCAAUAACCGGCUUAUUAGGUGGAGUAUUAAAUGCUUUUGCUGAAACAGAGCAGGAGUUUGUUGCUGUUGAACGGGUUAGUCAAUAUUUAGAAUUGGAAAAGGAAGAUAACGCUGAUGGUUCUAUUGAUCCUCCGUUUGGAUGGCCCAGCCAAGGUGCCCUUCAGUUUAAUAACGUAUAUUUUAAAUACCGUGAACACUUAACGCCAGCACUUGAAAAUUUUAAUUUGAGAACAGAGGCUUUUGAACGAAUUGCUGUUGUAGGACGUACUGGGGCAGGGAAAACUUCUAUUUUAUCAGCACUUCUAAGAGUUGCGCCUUUAGCUUGUGGGGAAAUUGUAUUAGACUGUGUUAACCUUAAAACUUUGGCUUUACAUGUUUUAAGAGAUAGAAUUGCAGUAAUUUCUCAAGAACCAUUUUUAUUUGAGGGAACAGUUCGUGAAAAUUUGGAUCCAAGAAAAAAAUUUCUAGAUUCUGAGUUGUGGAAUGCCAUUACAGCUUGCCUAGCCACACCUUUGGUUCAAUCACUGGGUGGCUUAAGUGGCUAUUUGGAAAAAAACGGAAGUAAUUUGUCUGCAGGGCAAAAGCAGCUUUUAUGCUUAACUAGAGCUUUAUUAAAAAGUUCACAGAUCGUUUGCAUUGAUGAAGGUACAUCGAAUUUGGAUACAGAUUCGGAAGCUGCAAUUCAAAUUGCACUUAAAUAUUCGUUUAGAAGCUCUACAGUAUUUUUAAUUGCUCAUCGUUUGAAAGGUCUUCAAAAUGUUGAUAGAAUUAUAGUAAUGGAUUCUGGAAAAAUUGCUGAAGAAGGUAAACCAGCAGAAUUGGCAUCUAAUCCGAAUUCCCUAUUUUCAAAAAUGUUACAGGAGCAAAAGAACACAGAUUAUGUGUUAUGUGAUUCUUCAUAAUUAUUAAUUGUAUGUAUGUAUAUAAUGUGUAUGUAUAUAUAAUAUGUAACUUCUUUAAGUAAAUAUUUUAAAAUAGGUGCAUACUUACAAUAUAUUGUGUGCACGGUAUUUUUGCUUUUAAAUUUGUAUUAUUUAUGUUCUUCAAAUUUUGUUAUAUUCUAUAGAUAUCAUUUCUGUUUUAUUUUAAUUUAAAUAUACAUAUGUACAUAAAAAUAAUAUUAUUUUAACUUAGUAAUUAAAAUAUAAUUUUUAAGUCUGCUAAUUUUAAAAUUAUUUUUAACGUAUUUAUGUGUUAAUGUGUUAAUAUUUGAUUAUUGAUUUCCAGUAA